AUGCCACAAUUUUUACUUCUACUGAAUUCGCUCGCCUCAUUUGCAUCCGUGGCAGGGGCGAUGAUUUCCAUCGCAAAGCCUGAAGCUCUGUCUGGCUCACUUCAGGUCACCAAUGGCGAGCGCUUCUAUCAGCGCAUGUAUGCAGUGCGCGCCGUACCACUGGAAGCACUUGCUGCAAUCCUCCCAUUCUAUCUCGGUGGUCCGGCAGUAGCUUCUGUCGUCGGUGUCUCUGCGUUUGUUCAAGCAGCAGAUGUGAUGAUUGGUGUUAGUAAAAAAGAUGCAGGGAUGAUUCUCGGUGCUUCGUUUGCUACAGCGAUUCAUGUUCUAUGUUUCCUUUCUAUCUCCUAA